AUGUCGUCCGCAGCUACCAUUUAUGAGUUUGAACCCUUGAAUAAAAAGGGCGAACCAACACCCCUCUCAGAUUACAAAGGCAAAGUCCUCUUAAUCGUCAACACAGCUUCCAAAUGUGGUUUCACUCCUCAAUAUGAAGGACUCGAGAAACUAUACAAAGACAUGAAGGAGAAGCACGGUGAUGAUUUUGUCAUCUUAGGUUUCCCAUGUAAUCAAUUCGGAGGUCAAGAUCCAGGUUCUGAUGAAGAAAUUCAAAGUUUCUGUCAAAUUAACUAUGGUGUUUCUUUCCCAAUUAUGAAAAAAAUCGACGUCAAUGGCGAUAAUGCAGCUCCUCUCUUCCAAUGGCUCAAAUCGGAAAAACCAGGUCUCCUCGGUCUUCAACGUGUAAAGUGGAAUUUCGAAAAGUGGUUGGUUGGUAGAGAUGGAAAGGUUAAGCAAAGAUGGGCUUCCACAACUAAGCCAGAAGCUUUGGAGAAAGCAGUCACAGAGGCUUUAAAUGAUGCCAAGUCUGAACUUUAG